AUGGCACUCCAGAUUCCUCUUACCUACAAACUUGCCCAAUUGAAGCACAUUGCCUUCAAAUGCGGCAUCUCAACCUCCGGCACAAAGCCGAUUCUCAUUCAGCGACUAAUCGAUGAAAUUACCUCGACUCCCCGAAAUGCCUCUCCUCACACACGAAUCCUCAGCGUUGAUAUGGGGAUCCGGAACCUUGCUUAUUGCGUCUUAGAUGUACCGCCAACAUCUAGGACGAAGACAGCGAGUAAGAAAAGUCUACCUUCAAUUCUGGAAUGGCAUCGCCUCGCAGUCUCGUCAGCGCCCAGGCAAUCUGCAGACACAGACACCCCGCUCGAGAAAGAAGCUUUCGAUCCCGCGACCCUGUCUUCCAUUGCUUAUAAGCUUCUGCGAGAACGUAUGCUCCUCGAACAACCAACGCAAGUCUUAAUUGAGCGACAGCGAUUCCGCUCUGGUGGCUCAAGCCACAUCCUUGAGUGGACUAUAAGAGUAAACAUGUUUGAGGCGAUCAUAUAUGCGGUACUCUGUACAUUGGAAGCUGAAGGGCUGUGGAAAGGAGAAGUAAAAGCUAUACAGCCGGGAAAAGUUGGUCCGUUUUGGGUCGAUGAGUGGAAGGCUGAAGCUGGGGUGGGGAAGAAGAGGUCGAGCUUGCUUGCGAAGACUCAUAAUAAAGGAGCGAAGGUUGAUUUGGUGAGGAGGUGGUUGGAGAGUGGUGAUGUGGUUGUGUUGGGGAGUGAGAGUGUGCAGGAUAUGGCUAAAGCGUAUGGUGAGAAAUGGAAGAGGUUACCGGGCAGGGUGAAGGGGAAGAGGAAAGAGGUUGGGGAGAGCAGUCAGGAGAAGAUGGGAAAGUUGGACGACUUGGCGGAUUGUCUGUUGCAAGUUAUGGCUUGGGUUCAAUGGGAAGAGAACAAGAGGAUUGCUUUGAAGCAUGGAGUUGAGGCUCUACUGGAAGAGUAG